AUGGCCGGCGCCGGUGCCGCAGCAGCGAUCAGCUCGGAGCAGAUGAGCGAGUUCCGGGAGGCCUUCGCCUUCUUCGACAAGGACGGCGACGGCUGCAUCACGGCGGAGGAGCUGUCCACGGUCAUCCGCUCCCUGGGCCAGUCCCCGACGCCCGAGGAGCUGCGGGACAUGGUGCGCGACGUGGACGCCGACGGCAACGGCACCAUCGAGUUCGCCGAGUUCCUGGCGCUCAUGUCCCGCAAGGCCGACGCCGACGCGGACGCCGCGGACGCCGCCGACCCCGAGGAGGAGCUCCGGGAGGCCUUCAGGGUGUUCGACAAGGACCACGACGGCCACAUCUCCAAGGCCGAGCUGCGCCACGUCAUGAUCAGCCUCGGCGAGAAGCUCACCGACGAGGAGGUGGACGGGAUGAUCCAGGAGGCCGACCUCGACGGCGACGGCCUCGUCAACUUCGACGAGUUCGUCAGGAUGAUGAUGCUCUCCGACGCCGACCAGCAGCAGCAUUGA